UAGCAUGGAAACUAACAUCUUACUUCCUGCCUGGCAUAACUCACUUGAAGAAGCGCACAAUGUCAGAACGUGGAAUUAAGUGGGCUUGUGAAUAUUGUACGUAUGAAAACUGGCCGUCUGCAAUCAAGUGUACUAUGUGUCGUGCCCAAAGACCCAGUGGAACAAUUAUUACUGAAGAUCCAUUUAAAAGUGGUUCCAGUGAUGUUGGUAGAGAUUGGGAUCCUUCUAGUACUGAAGGAGGAAGUAGUCCUUUGAUAUGUCCAGAUUCCAGUGCAAGACCAAGGGUUAAAUCUUCAUACAGUAUGGAAAAUGCAAAUAAGUGGUCAUGCCACAUGUGCACAUAUUUGAACUGGCCAAGAGCAAUCAGAUGCACCCAGUGUUUAUCCCAACGUAGGACCCGGAGUCCCACAGAAUCUCCUCAAUCCUCAGGAUCUGGCUCAAGACCAGUUGCUUUUUCUGUUGAUCCUUGCGAGGAAUACAAUGAUAGGAAUAAACUGAAUGCAAGGACCCAGCAUUGGACCUGUUCUAUUUGCACAUAUGAAAACUGGGCCAAGGCUAAAAAAUGUGUUGUUUGUGAUCAUCCCAGACCUAAUAACAUUGAAGCAAUAGAGCUGGCAGAGACUGAAGAGGCUUCUUCAAUAAUAAAUGAGCAAGACAGAGCUCGAUGGAGGGGAAGCUGCAGUAGUGGUAAUAGCCAAAGAAGAUCACCUCCCACUACAAAACGAGACUCUGAAGUGAAAAUGGAUUUUCAGAGGAUUGAACUGGCAGGUGCUGUUGGCAGCAAGGAGGAACUUGAAGUGGACUUCAAAAAACUAAAGCAAAUUAAAAACAGGAUGAAAAAGACUGAUUGGCUAUUCCUCAAUGCCUGUGUGGGGGUUGUAGAAGGUGAUUUAGGGGCCAUAGAAGCUUAUAAGUCAUCAGGAGGAGAUAUUGCACGUCAGCUCACUGCAGAUGAAGUACGCUUGCUGAAUCGUCCUUCUGCCUUUGAUGUUGGCUAUACCCUGGUACACUUGGCUAUACGUUUUCAGAGGCAGGAUAUGCUAGCAAUAUUGCUUACAGAGGUGUCUCAACAAGCAGCAAAGUGUAUUCCAGCAAUGGUGUGUCCUGAACUGACAGAACAAAUCCGCAGAGAAAUAGCUGCCUCUCUUCAUCAGAGAAAGGGGGAUUUUGCUUGCUAUUUUCUAACUGACCUUGUAACAUUCACGUUGCCAGCAGAUAUUGAAGACUUGCCCCCAACAGUUCAAGAAAAAUUAUUUGAUGAGGUGCUUGAUAGAGAUGUUCAAAAGGAGUUAGAAGAAGAAUCUCCGAUUAUAAACUGGUCCUUGGAGUUGGCUACACGUUUGGACAGUCGACUGUAUGCCCUGUGGAACCGGACUGCGGGAGACUGCUUACUGGACUCAGUACUGCAAGCCACCUGGGGUAUUUAUGACAAGGACUCGGUGCUUCGGAAGGCUCUUCACGACAGCCUGCAUGACUGUUCACAUUGGUUUUACACACGCUGGAAAGAUUGGGAGUCGUGGUAUUCGCAGAGCUUUGGUUUACAUUUUUCACUGAGAGAAGAACAGUGGCAGGAAGACUGGGCAUUUAUACUUUCUCUCGCGAGUCAGCCUGGAGCAAGUUUGGAGCAGACACACAUUUUUGUACUUGCACAUAUUCUUAGACGACCAAUUAUAGUUUAUGGAGUAAAAUACUAUAAGAGCUUCCGAGGAGAGACUUUAGGAUAUACUCGGUUUCAAGGGGUUUAUCUGCCUUUGUUGUGGGAACAGAGUUUUUGUUGGAAAAGUCCAAUUGCUCUGGGCUAUACAAGGGGCCACUUCUCUGCUUUGGUUGCCAUGGAAAAUGAUGGCUAUGGCAACCGAGGUGCUGGUGCUAACCUAAACACCGAUGAUGACAUCACCAUUACGUUUUUGCCUCUGGUCGACAGUGAGAGGAAACUACUCCACGUGCACUUUCUUUCUGCUCAGGAGCUAGGUAAUGAGGAGCAGCAGGAGAAGCUGCUCCGGGAGUGGCUGGACUGCUGUGUGACGGAAGGUGGCGUCCUGGUCGCCAUGCAGAAAAGCUCCGGGCGGCGGAACCACCCCCUGGUCACGCAGAUGGUAGAGAAGUGGCUCGAUCGCUAUCGGCAGAUCCGGCCGUGCGCGUCCCUGUCUGAUGGAGAGGAAGAUGAGGAUGAUGAAGAUGAGUGAAGGCUAUCAAGGAGCGGACCAGGGCAUCAGAUCUGUGGUGACCUGACCCCCAGUUAGUGUGGUGCUCCAAGCAGAGUGCACAGCGUGGAAAGAACCAGAUCCAGAAGGAUCUGCUCACAAUUAUUUUUCUGGUCCACACCCAGUGGAGAUAAUUAAUGCAUCUGCUGCAUGAGGAGACAGAGAACUUGGGUUGAACUACAGUUUGUUAAAAAAAAAAAAAAAGCAAACAAAAAGACAAAAACAAAAAAACCCCCCCAAACCUAAUUUUAUUGACAGACCUUUUUUUUCCUUUGAAAUUGUAAAUCUGUCUAUAAUGUAACGCAUGUGGUUGUGUAAGAAAUUGUGAAAUAGGAAAAAUUGUACCAGCAUCUCCAUAUUGAGAAUUUUUCCCAGCAUGGGCACUAACAAAAAAAGCACAUGGCAGAAAACUCUUACUCCUUUUGAGAUACUGUCUUCAAUAGAACCCGGCGUUUUACUUUGACCUUACAAGAUCUAAUUUACACGAAGUCUCAGCAAUGUGGAAACUGUACAAAUUACCCACACCAAAACAUGAAAUAAACAAGCCUUUUAUUUUAAUAAUAUGUGCCCAAUCAAAUCAAAUCUUUUAGGGACAAACUACAAGAAAAAGCUAAUUAAUUUUUUUAAUUGAAUGAACUCCAUAUAUAUAUUCUGCCUCUUUGUUUUGAAGAGGUUUUGGUUUCCUUUGCCUUUUAAGUUUUCUGAUUCUCUCACCCCCCCCUUUUAGUAUUUAGGUAUUUAUUUGUUUGGAAGAGUGCCCCAAAAUAAGGGGCCAGACUCUGGGCAGUGGUCCAUUGUGAGUUUCCCUGGAUGGGAAGGGAGCAGGCCGGCUUGUAUGAGAUUUGUUCCCGUGGGCCCUGCGGACAACGUUCUGUUCCCCGAUUGCCAUGCAGAGGGUUCUUGGGUUCUUCCCGUAUCUUAUUAUCCCCUCUGCUCUAAGCAAGUGCUGUUAGCAGGGUGGCCCUUUGCUCAGGCAGAUUGGGAAUGCCAGUUCAGAAUAAAGAAUUUGAAAAUGGAUUGAA